AAUUUUCAAAAAAUUCCAUAUCAUCAACUCACUUACUUCUUACUGAAACAUGGCUGUUGGUAAAAAUAAACGAUUAACUAAAAGUGGCAAAAAAGGUGUUAAAAAGAAAAUUGUAGAUCCUUUUACUAAAAAAGAAUGGUAUGAUAUUAAAGCUCCCAAUAUGUUUACUACUAGACAAGUUGGUAAAACCUUAGUCACUCGAACUCAAGGAACAAAAAUAUCAACAGAUAGUCUAAAAGGAAGAGUCUUUGAAAUUAGUUUAGCAGAUUUAAGUAAUGACGAAUAUGGGCAUAAAAAAAUUAAGCUUUUAGCUGAAGAUAUACAAGGACGUAAUAUACUAACAAAUUUUUGUGGAAUGGAUAUGACCAGGGACAAACUAUGUUCAAUUGUUAAAAAAUGGCAGACAUUAAUUGAGGCCUAUGUUGAUGUUAAAACAACUGAUGGUUACCUUUUAAGACUAUUUGCAAUUGGAUUUACCAAAAGAGCUAAUGGUCAACAAAAGAAAACAAGUUAUGCUCAACACUCUCAGGUUGUAAAUAUUAGAAAGAAGAUGGUUGAAAUCAUGACCAGAGAGGUAUCUUCAACUGAUCUUAAAGAAGUUGUGAAAAAAUUAAUACCAGAUAGUAUUGCUAAAGCUAUUGAAAAAUCUUCCAGCCGAAUUUACCCUUUAAAUGAAGUUCACAUACGUAAAGUCAAAGUAUUGAAAAGACCAAAAUUUGAUCUUGCAAAAUUGAUGGAAAUACAUGGGGAAGGCUCUGGUGAUUCUACUGAAGUAACAGUCGAUGAAAAGGGUCAUGUUAUUGAUAGGCCAGAUAAUUAUGAACCUCCAGUUCUUGAUUCUGUUUAAAUGAUUAAUAGAUAAAUUAUUUUUUAUAUUUAUUAUUAUAAUCAUAAAUUUAUAAUAAAAUUUAUGAAAGUA